GCUCACAGCCGACUUUGCGCGGCCAAGACCAUGUAUGGCAUUAGCGAAGAUCGGCCUUACAGCAAGCGUGAGGAGUGGAAGGAUGUGACACCAGUGCCCCAGAAAGAUGGUCCACACCCUUUGGCUGUCAUCAAGUACCCGCCCGGUUUCGAGGAGGUGCAUGGAUACUUUCGUGCCAUUCAGCAGCGCAAUGAAACGAGCUUGCGAGCUCUUAGCUUGACUGCCGAUGUCAUCGAGAACAACUCUGCCAACUACACUGCCUGGUACUACCGCAGACGCUGCCUCAAGGAGCUUGACAGUGAUUUGGAUGAAGAGCGGGUCUUCACAAACAAGUGGGCCACAGACUGUCCAAAGAACUACCAGGUGUGGUAUCAUCGGCGGUGGCUGAUAUCCGAAAUUGCGGAGCGAAAGCGCAAAGAAGCGGGCGCAGAGGCUGAUAAACACAUCCAGCUUCUAGCACGGCAAGAACUCGAAUAUCAUUUGGAUUGCAUGCAAGUCAACAGCGACUACAAAAACUACAAUGGCUGGUCACAUCGGCAGUUCAUUUUGCAGCACUUCAACCUGUGGCAUGAAGAGCUUCCUUUCGUGGAGCGAUUAUUGUCUGAAGACAUCCGGAAUAAUUCAGCUUGGAACCACAGGUAUACCGUGGUGCGCAACCAAUCGUGGCCUUUGAGUGACGAAAUCCGCAAGAGGGAGAUCAAGUUCGCCAUGGAUGCCAUCAGGGCCUGUGCGAACAACGAAUGUGCCUGGAACUACCUCUCCGCCUUCCUGGGCGAAGGGAAUUGCAAGGUGCCAUGGACAGCAGAGCCGGAGGUGGAAGUGCUGUGUCGCGAGGUCAUUGACGUCGCCGCGCAGCACGGCACCUGCCGCAUGGCCUUGCAAGCGAUGGCCAGCAUCAACGAGGCCAAAGGUGACGUCCAGGCAGCUGCUGCGCUCUACAGCCAACUGGAAGAAGUUGACCGCAUCCGAGCAAAGUAUUGGGCCUGGCGAGCCAGCCUUUUGGGUGCAGUCUGAGAGGGGUUCGAGCGGGCCGAGUCUCCGCCGAACAGAAAAACAAGACCGCCGCAGCAAGUCAGCAAC